AUGUCUGAGCUGCCUCGCACCUUGCCUGCCUCCUGGUACUGCAGCGAGCCCCUAUAUCAGAUGGAGCGACGGGCGGUCUUUUUCAAAUCCUGGUAUUUGCUCGGUCCGGUGACCAGAUUCCAGAUUGUGGGCGAGCAUGUUCCGUACGAAGUUGCACAGCAGCCUGUCUCUGCAGUUCGGAUUUCUGGGGAGACUCUGAAUCCUCUCGCCGAGGAGCUGAAGGUGGUUUGUUCGAAGACAGGCAAGGAGCUGCGCAGCCAUCUUACGCCUACUGGACUGCUUUUCUCCACAAUUUCAGACGACGCUCCCAGCUUCCAUGAGUUCUUCCCGGAACUGGAGGAGUUACUCGGUAAAGUUGACUUUGCCAAGCUUCCUUAUCGUCGCAGCAUCAGCUAUGAGGGUCGGUUCAAUUGGAAGACUAUGGUCGAUGGGUACCAAGAGUGUCUGCAUUGCCAGUACACCCACCCGUCGUUCUCAAUCUACUACCCGCCCACCUUCUACACAGUGCGCAACAAGCACAAUUUCUCACAGCACAUCGCCGAUCCGAACAAGCCAGACGACGGUCUAUUUUUGUAUUUCUUCCCUAAUUGCACGCUGAACGUGUAUGGUGGGGGCAUGUCCAUGUUCAGAGUGUGUCCGACAGCAGACCCACAGGUCACCCGCAUGGAAUUCGACUAUUACCAUCUUGAAGUCGGAGAGAAAUUUGAGGAAUACUUCAAGUUUGUGCGCCAGGUUGCUAUGGAGGACUUCGAGCUCUGUGAGAAGGCUCAGGACAAUCUGGCCAAAGGUGUCUACCGUGAGGGGAUUCUCAACCCGGAGAAGGAGAAUGGAGUUUCAUACUACCAGAGACGCGUGUUUGAUAUGGUUUGUGAGCAGCAUGAGCGCGAUAGGGUAGCCAAGGUUGCCAAAGAGACCGGAAAGGAGGAACAGGUUGCGUCAUCCAUGGUGCAGAUGGAAGCGUAG